AUGCCGUGGGGACAUCGACACCGCGUCAAGUGCCAUGUCGAUGCAGUAACGGUGAUGCUGGGCGAAGAGACACCAAUGGACGGAUGCUUCUGCAACGCGGGCAUGGCCGGCUCGCUGCUGGAGAGCAUGGGCCUGCCCGACGACGGGGACGGCGCGGAGAGGCUCACGGCGAUGGUUCGGGCGUGCGGCGUGCGCAUGGGGCCGAGGUGCAUGGACGUUGGCCAAUCAUCUACCGGGCAGGGCGUGCAGCUGGCCGAGAGCGCCGGGAGCGUGACGGGGGGCGGCGGCAUGGUCAUGGAGGGUAAGCUGCGCGCUUGGGUGCCGGAGCUGCGGCGGAUGGACGCCGAAUGA